CACAGUAAUUCAGCAAUAAACACUGUAAAUUCCCAUCAGCUGCCAGUGAACACGAGCAUCAGGAAGAGCUGAAAUCUGCAAAGACUGAGUUUAUUAAAGAGGACAGUGAGAACAUGAGAGAUCCAGAACCCUGCAGAAUGAAACACACUGAAGAUCCUGAAGAACAAAGAGACCUGAUGGAAGUGAAGGAGGAGAGUGAAGAACUGAGUGAAGUGAAGGAGGAACAUCAUGUCAAACCUGGAGGAAAACCCUUGAGUCGCUCAAAGACUAAAACAUUUUUUUUAAAGAAAAGAAGAACCAAGAAAUCUUUCACCUGCACUCAGUGUGGGAAGAGUCUCACAACCAAACAACAUCUUGAUGUUCACAUGAGAAUCCACACCGGAGAGAAGCCGUUCUCAUGUGAUCAGUGCGGGAAGAGUUUCACACAAUUAUCAUCCCAUAAGAAACAUAUGAUGAUCCACACCGGAGAGAAGCCGUUCUCAUGUGAUCAAUGUGGCAAAUCAUUUAUUACUGCAUCAGACCUGAAGAUACACCUGACGGUUCAUACGAAGGAGAAGCCGCAUUCAUGUUCUGUGUGUGGAAAGAGUUUUUCACUGCUGCGAUAUUUACAUAAACAUCAGAAAAUCCACACUGGUGUGAGAGAAUACAUGUGCUUUGAGUGUGAGAAGACUUUUACUACAGCGGAAAGUUUAAAACUGCACGAGAGGAUUCACACUGGAGAAAAACCUUACAAGUGUUCACACUGCGACAAGAGAUUCAGUCAGUCAGUAAAUAUGAAAUCACAUGAGAUGAGCCACACUGGAGAAAAACCUUACAAGUGUUCACACUGUGACAAGAGAUUCAGUGACUCAUCAAAUCUGAAAAGACAUGAGAUGAUCCACACUGGAGAGAAACUACACACGUGUGAUCAGUGCGGGAAGAGUUUCUCUAUUAAAACUAACCUGAAGCAACACAUGGAGAUCCAUACGGUGGAUAAACCACUGAAACACAGUCUGAAAUCACGCUAAGAUGAUUUUCAUGUGCUGAGAAACAAAGUCUCUUCUGUGUAAGUUAGCCACACAUCACCCGCCACAUCUCUCCUCUCCACCUAUAGCCGGUGUGUGGUGAGCACGGGACACUUUGUUCAUUGAUUGGUAUAUUAACUCAUAGGUGUAUAUGCCAUUCUUCUUUCAGACGAAUACAGUCAGAGUUAUAUUAAAAAUAUCCUGGCUCUUCCAAGCUUUAUAAUGCUG